AUGGUUGAGGAGGAUAUUCGACAGUCUGUGGCUGUUUUAGAGGUAACACGAUCAGACGGCAAGCAAGGAUGAAUGCAGGUAGACGGAGGAUUGAUGCUGCAGCGUCAUCGCCGUACUUUACUCAGUCUCCUAGCAACAGGAAACAUCAGCCUCCGCGAGGACCAAUGAGGGCGCGCGCGGAGCGGAGCGGUGUUGUGUCUUGUUGCCGUGAACGAGAUAUUUUAGGAGGGCUGGAGAGAGCAGAGAGAGUCUCACCCCGACCAGAGGAGCUCACGGGCUGUCUGCAACCCACCACCGAGGGAAGCUCUGACUCUCACACCGAGCGGGAGCGUCGCUGAGUCGGUGUGAGGACAGUAGAUGUCGCGGUCAGGAGUGGAGGGUAUCCACGGAGAAGGAGACUUAAGAAGCUGGGAUUUACUGACCCCGCUGGUGCUGCUGGACAACAUUAUUUAAAGGUAAGACGCUUUAAGAGGCGUUUAAGAGAUUUGUUGGUGGUAGUUUGCAUUUAAAGUGAAGCUUAUCGUUUUUAGCUUAGCAUUAGUAAGCUUAUAUUUUAUAAACAUGGAGGGAAAGGUGAGGGGUUGCAUUAAAAUAGUGUUUACAGAAUAUUAAAAACAAAAAACUACCCAUAAAAUGACUUAAAAUGAAGCCCACUGGGAAAAUAAACUCCUUAAAAAUGUAAAACACAAAAUUAGGACAAAAAAAUAUGAUUUUAAAUAUAUGCUGUAGUAUUUUUGGAUACCAGAUCAAACAAAAUCCCUUCUAUGAUAUGCAUUCAUUUGCAAAAAAACUGCUAAAAUUAAGGUUGUGUUAUUUUCGGUAACGAUUUGCAAACUUAAACUCUCUUGAAUCAGGUUCAAAACACUUAAAUUAGUCAUAAAAAUACAUUUAUUUCACAGUAAAACCUUAAAUUCAGUUUAAAUCUGAGGGAUUAUUCAGUCAUGACCUCCUCUACAAACACACUUUUGCCUUCAGUGGCAAUCCUCCCUGCAGGACAACAUUUAUAGCGAGUGUUACAUUCAAACACACACACACACACUCUUCUUCCCACGCAGCCUCCCUCUCUUCAUGAAUCCAUCAUCAUCGUGCAUCAUUCUCCCUCAGAUGAAAUAUUCAGGCUGCAGUUCAAUGUUAAAAACGGUGUGAGUCACUGCAGCAGCUUCAGGGGGGAGCCGACGUGAGUGUUGUGCAAUGAUAAACCUUCCCACUCUGUGUUUAUGAUGGAGUGAUUGAUUUGUGGCGUUUUUGUGCGUAUGCGCCCUCUCGAUAUAACACACACGCGCGCACUCACCUCACACACAAACCACGCUCUGUUUUUUUUCCUCCUCCUUCUUCUUCCUUCUCGAAUUCAAACAAGAUUGGUGCCCUUUAACGCAACAGCAGAGGGUCACAUAAGGAUAUAAUACAGCCGUGCAUGAUUGUGACUGCUCUCAGGGUGUAAUUGCAUCAAAUAAAGUGCACAUGUGUAAGUAAAAUGACUUAUUUUAUGAGAAGAGUAAAAAACACUGCUUUGUUUGCUAUUUUAAGAUGCAUUUCAUCACUGCUAGGAUGCUUUUUUUUAAUGUGCUUUAUUAUUCUUGACUUCUCUAUUUUUUGCGUUUGUGAUCAUUAAUUCCCAGCUUGCAGAUGCACAUACAGAGUUCAUAUCCUGCUGAUUGCUUAAUUACAUGGUGCGCCGUUUACAAAGAGAACAGGUCUGAUGAAGGCGUCACACCAGGACAUGUCAGCCCAGUGAGAAAGCAACUAAAACCCUCUCUGAAUUUCUCCUUAUUAUUCAGCGAUGUAAUUAUAAAGCACUAGAUAUGCACUGAUUAAAAGUAGGAGGAAAUUCAACCCAGAGAGGAUCAAAUUGAAACAUCAAACCAUCGCUUGGCAGCUCCAACAGUCACAUCUUCUUUAAACAAUCUGUUUGGUUUCUGCAUUCAUGCUCGCUUGUUUUGGUCCUCCUCCUCCUCUGCCUCCUCCUCCUCCUCCUCCUCACUCGUCUCUCUCUGUUUUCCCUGCAGGAGCCUGAGGGCGAUGUGGAGGCUCAGAUCAGCUCAGACACACUGAUUCAAACUGCGGUCAGAGAGCUGUGCGCCGGCUGUGGAGCAUCAGCAGCAGGUAGUCAGAGCUACUAUCCGUUACAGCGGUGACCUCACACAGGGUUUCCGCUCGUUUUAUCUUAAUUCAGUGUACGCUAGAGGAUCAGUAUGCUGAAAACAGAUUAUGGAAAUAUGUUGGAACCACAUAUGAGCAACAAGCUGCUGUAACAUGUUGACGUAUUAUCACUUCAAAGUCUGUUAUGGUGCGCAUGUUGCUCACAGUUUAUUUAAAUAUCCCAAAGACACAGAAAUCCAGUCUUUAGAGAUCUUUUUACAGCUGCCACAUGCUCCACCUUUAUUACCAGUUUAUCCCCAAAUGGAUAGUGUAAAGUGGGCUCACUAUAGCUUGUUUAGCUGUAUGAAUGAAAGCAAGUAUUGUACAUGGUUUAGGUGCAUUGUUAGGAGACACUUAUCCUACUUACACUGUGAGAUAAUGCAGACUAAAAUUAUAAAUGUGUCUAAUUUUAUUUUAUAAAACUUGGUUUGGUUUUACGGUGUCAGACCUUGAAAAAACUACAGUGUUUAGAGUCGUGUCUUUGUCAUUUGUAGUUUUAUUUAAAGGAGAAAAAGACACAAAAUGGAGGUUUUAUUUUUAGCCCAUAUUGUUUAGCCCUAACAGUAAAUAUGUCCUGUCUGAAAAGUCAUAUAAUCUGAAAAAUGACUCAAAAGAUGACAAAAGUUCAGCUGAGGUGAUCUGUAAUGAGGAUAUCACUAUAAAUGACACCUGUAACAUAAUGCAGUCAUUGAUUAUUCAGGUUUAGUAUGAAUUACAGACGCUUUUAAAGUAACUGAAAACAAACAAAUAGGAAUAUUGAUUAAUAGGUAGGUCUUUAAUGGUGACUUUGAUGAUCCUGGCCGAUUAGAAAACACCUGACAUCUACCACAUAUUUGCAAGAAUUCAAAAUUAAGCUUAUAACAAUUUGGUCCAGAGCUUUUACAAAUUAAAACGAUCAAUAUGUUCGACUUUGUUUCUAUCUUAAUGUCCUUUUUUUUUGUUGUCUUUUUUCAGCCCCUUCCCUGUGAGGGAGACCAAACCAUUCAACAACGUCGAAAGUUGCUUACUUCAAGAGGAAAUAUGCGGAGGAGGAGGAUUUACACGGAAGCCUACAUGGAUAUUUUCAAAAAGUAUGAACCUCUUCUCUCCGUCUACUCAUUCACCAGAUAUAAAUUGUGUUUUUUUCCCAUCCGCCUCCUCUUUUUUGUCAUUCCUGGCCCUCCCCAGCUCCUUCAUCAGUGCUUGUUUUCCAUUAUAUUCCUUUCACUCUUUACAUGUUGUCCUCUGAGUCCUUCAGCUUCUCCCACAACACACAAAAGAGUUUCUAAUAAUAAGCAUUGCUUUGUCUGCUUCUCUGCAGAUGAUAGAAUGACAGACUAAAAAUCACUGCUCAUAUCAAUCAAAAUAGACAAGUUUUUAUGCAGUUAUCCAACAGCAGAUAAAUAAGAAUAAGAGAAGGUUUUGCACGCGUCACAGCUUGCUCCUUUGUUAGAAAGUCAAAAAAGUGUAUUAAAUUCCCAAGCUUUGGCACGAUUGGUUCACGGUACCUUGGGCUGCGAGUUUAGCUGACUUGGUAGAGAUGGCGCCCCAUGUACAGAGACUCUCACACAAGUUUCAGGCAUUUAAGAUUAGGAUAUCAAAUAACACAGAGCUUUUAAGUAUCAUAACAGGCAUCUGUGUAAAUUUCAGUCUCAAGAGGAUUUGAAACUAAUCCCAUCUCCUUGUUUUUGUCGUCUGUAGCACCUGAUACUGCAGGAGGACCGGGGCUGCAUCCUGAAGCUGUCCCUGGAGAAGCUGAGGUUCCUCGAAGACCCCGAGGCCUACCUACGUCGCUCCGUCCUCAUCAACAACCUGCUGAGGAAAAUCCACCAUGA